GAUUAAAUAUAAUUUAUCAUUUAUUUUCAAAUCAGUGUAUUUUUUCUUCGCAAUAUGGCGCAACGAAUAUAUUUUAUUGUUUUGUUUAUUAGUUUGCAACAAAUAAAGACCGUGGUUUCUCUUAAUACCGGUAUACUACUAUGCGAUGCCGAAUUCUGCCGUAAUUUCGUCCAUGAAACAGGCUGCUCGAGCACAUCUCCAAAUUGUGCUAUAAACAAUGCAACUCACACUGGGCUGCGUAUGCCAUCUCCAACGAUGUGCAACUGUUGUGAUUUCUGCCUCCCUUUUAUUGGUGAAGGGGAACACUGUAGCGUUGGCGGCCCCGGUCUUGGUACAACAAUCGGAAGAUGUGGCCAUGGACUUUCUUGUGCUCGCGAGACCGACGGUAACUUCUGCAGGAGAACUCAAAAUGACUACGACAACCGUCAAUCCAAAGGAGAGGUUGGUGUGUUAGAGGAAAGGCCAUUAUGUGAUGGCAAGGGAAUGUAUGCAAGCUUUUCGUGUGUGCCUACGCAAACAUGCUUCUGUCAAUCUGAGGAAGGCAAAAGAAUUUUUGGCGAAGUUUUGUACUUAGGAGCAUCCGUAAAAGAUAACAUGCAUUGUGGUUGUUCCAGAUUCCACGAAAAAAUGAAAUCAAUAAGAGCUGGAGUACAAUAUCCGGUUAUUGGACCUCGGUGUACUUCUGAUGGAAAUUUCAAUCCAAUACAAUGUAUAGAUAAUAUAUGUUAUUGCGUGAAUCGCAUAACGGGAGAGAUUGUGACAGGGUCAAGAAGGACGAUAGAUUUAAAUGAAAAACCCAUCACGGAAUUGGAAUGUUAUGAUACUCAAUUUGAUUUAUUCCCCCAACAAAGCGUCGGCAUCCCCCCAUUCAACCAUACGACACUAUGCUUGGACAACAUCCAGGACAGGAUAGAUUUGUUGAUGGAGAGCGAAGAGUUGGGUUUCAACGUGAAUCACGCAAGUAGCAUACCUGAAUGCUUGCCCGAUGGUACUUUUGGUAGAGUCGCAUUAUCAAGGAACAGAUCAAAAAUCUGCGUAGACGAACGAGGAAAUCCAAUAGAAAAUUACGAAGCGUUAAGUAACACCGCUGAAUAUGAUUCUAUGGACUGUAAAUGUGCUCAAACAUUUUUACUGAUGUCGUCUUCAACCGAACGCCCCGUUUGCUGUAAAAACGGCAAUUUUAGGAGAAUCCAAUGCCGACGUGGACUGUGCAGGUGUGUGGACUCUGAUGGACGACAGAUAGGCAAGGAAAAUGCAGAUGUUACACGCUUGAGCUGUUAUACUGAAAAUUGGAGAACAUGCUGAUAAUAUAUGAAUAUUUUUAAGGCUAUCUUGUGUGCCGAUGGUGCUUGCUGGCAUCAUUUAUGCAAUGUGAAUGUGUGUGAACAGAAAAAAUCUUUACACAAAGAUAUCUAUGUAAACUAAAAACU